CCGGAAUUGAAAAUCAGUGUCCACAUUCGAACGACUGAGGUCCCGCGAUCAGUAGAUCAUCAGCUUUACUCCGAACUUAUCUGAAAUUAAUAUCGGUGAUUCGGUAAGGAAAAUUCAACGAAAAUGUCUUCAACUACACGAGCUUCGAAAUAUUCAUAUCGCGCCAGCAGCGGUGGUGUCGCCGACGUCAACAUCGAGUACAGUGCCGAUUUGACCGCACUCACCCGAUUGGAGGACAAAAUUCGUUUAAUCCAAGAUGAUCUUGAAUCUGAAAGAGAGUUGCGUCAAAGAAUUGAACGCGAAAAAGCAGACCUUAGCGUUCAAGUGAUUCAAAUGUCUGAACGUUUGGAAGAAGCAGAAGGUGGAGCCGAAAGUCAAUUCAACAUCAACCGCAAUCGAGACGCAGAAUUGUUGAAAUUGCGUAAACUUUUGGAUGAUGUUCAUUUGGAAUCAGAAGAAUCUGCCCAUUUAUUGAAGAAAAAGCAUCAAGAAAUUAUCAAUGAUUUCCAAGAACAAGUCGACAUCCUGACUAAAGCUAAAUCUAGAACUGAAAAAGAAAAGUCGAAAUUCCAAGCCGAAGUAUAUGAGUUGCUCGCCCAAGUCGAAUCGGUAACCAAAGAAAAAAUUUUGAGCUUUAAACAAGUGGAAAAAUUGGAAAUCACCAUUAACGAGCUCCAUGUUAAAAUUGAAGAAUUAAACCGUACCGUUAUCGAUAUCACAUCACACAAAACUCGUUUGUCUCAAGAAAAUGUCGAACUUAUCAAGGAUGUUCAAGACUUGAAAUUGAACUUGGAGAAUGUUUCAUACUCAAGACAACAGAUUGCUACCCAAUUGGAAGACGCUCGUCGCCGUUUGGAAGAUGAUGAACGUCGUCGUGCAUCGCUUGAAGCUUCAUUGCACCAAGUCGAAAUUGAAUUGGAAUCGGUCCGUGUUCAAUUGGAAGAAGAAGCCGAAGCUCGUUUGGACUUGGAACGUCAAUUAGUCAAAGCUAACGCUGAAGCUCAACAAUGGCACGCCAAGGCUGAUGCUGAAGCUGCUGCACGCGCCGAAGAAGUCGAAGAACUUCGUCGUAAAUACACUUGUCGCAUCCAAGAACAAGAAGAGCACAUUGAACAACUUUUGGUUAAAGUUAAUAAUUUGGAGAAACAAAAGAGCCGCUUGCAAAGCGAAAUUGAAGUCCUCAUCAUUGAUUUGGAACGUGCCAAUGGUACAGCUCGCGAAUUGCAAAAGCGUGUCGAUACACUUGAACGCACUAACAUUGAAAUCAAAGCUCGUUUGGAAGAAACCAUUCAAUUGUACGAAACUGCUCAACGCGAUCUCAGAAACAAACAAGCCGAAAUCGUCCGCAUCAACAACGAAUUGGACAAGACCAAGGAUCAACGCGAUACAUUGUUCCGUGAAAACAAAAAAUUGGGAGAUGACUUGGGUGAAGCAAAGAGCACAAUUUCUGAGUUGACCCGUCGCUACCAUGAACUUGAAAUCGAGCUCCGUCGUUUGGAAAACGAACGCGAUGAACUCACUGCUGCUUACAAAGAAGCCGAAGCUGGCCGUAAAGCUGAAGAGCAACGUGCUCAACGUUUGGCUUCUGAAUACAACCAAUUCCGUCACGAUGCUGAACGCCGCAUCGCCGAAAAAGAUGAGGAAAUUGAAUGUAUUCGCAAACAAACUGCCAUCGAAAUUGAGCAACUUAAUGCUCGUGUUGUUGAGGCUGAAACUAAACUCAAGACCGAAGUUGCCCGUAUCAAGAAGAAGUUGCAAAUUCAAAUUACCGAAUUGGAAAUGUCACUUGAUGUUGCAAACAAGACCAACAUCGAUUUGCAAAAGGUUGUCAAGAAACAAUCAUUGCAAUUGACCGAAUUGCAAGCACAUUACGAUGAUGUCCAACGUCAAUUGCAACAAACUCUUGACCAAUACGGUGUUGCCCAACGUCGCAUUCAAUCGAUCAGCGCUGAAUUGGAAGAAGUACGUGCCAAUUACGAAAAUGCAUUGCGCUCCAAACGCAACGUUGAAUUGACAUUGGAAGAUGCCCAAACUCGUAUCAACGAAUUGAGCGUUAUCAAUGUUAAUCUUGCAUCGACCAAAGCAAAACUCGAGCAAGAAAUCUCUCAAGUCGCUCAAGACUACGAAGAAGUUACUCGUGAACUUCGUAUUAGCGACGAGCGCUACCAAAAAGUCCAGGUUGAACUUAAACACACCGUUGAGAUAUUGCAUGAAGAACAAGAACGCAUUGUUAAGAUUGAGACGAUCAAAAAAUCGUUGGAGGUUGAAGUCAAGAAUCUCUCGGUACGUCUCGAAGAAGUCGAAGCCAAUGCUGUUGUUGGUGCUAAGCGUAUCAUCAGUAAAUUGGAAGCUCGCAUCCGUGACUUGGAACUUGAAUUGGAAGAAGAGAAACGCCGACAUGCUGAAACCAUCAAGAUCUUGAGAAAGAAAGAACGCACCGUCAAAGAAGUUCUUGUUCAAUGCGAAGAAGAUCAAAAGAAUGUCAUCUUGUUGCAAGAAACCCUUGAAAAGGCCAACUCCAAGAUCAAUCUCUACAAACGUCAAUUGACUGAACAAGAAGGAACUGCUCAACAAUCGGUAACCCGUGUACGUCGCUUCCAACGUGAACUCGAAGCCGCAGAAGAUCGUGCCGAUGUAGCCGAAAGCAACUUGUCCCUCAUUCGUGCCAAACACCGUACUUUUGUUACAUCAAGCACAGUGCCAGGAUCGCAAGUCUAUCUCGUCCAAGAAACAACAAGAACGAGCGUUGAAUAAAUUCAGUCCAACAUCACUCACAAAAACAUAUUCGAACAUUUUUUUUACAGCAGAAAAUUUGAUCAAGCAUAAAUCAAACGCACUCCCAAAAUGAAAACAAACAAAAAAAAAAGAAAUAAUAAUAAAAAAAGUGAAAGAAUGAAAUUAAUAUCGAAUUCAAAUCAAUCGACCAUCUAACAUGACACUGAAGCAAAUUCUUUGAAGCAUCAAAUUACAUUAAAUUAAAAAUAUACAUACAUUAUUUAGUCUAUUUAACGAAUCAAAUGAA